CGACGUUUAAAAGACGUCCAAUUGCGCAUGUGCAAAUCUAUCAAAACACCGACAAAAGAGCGACGCUUGCAUGGAAUUUAUCUAGAAAAAAAAUGUCUAAAAAUGCUUAUGGACUUAGAUUAAUUGAUUUUAUAAAAUAAAUAUUUCUUUCUUGAUAGUUACGGUUAAUUUGUAUGAAGGUUAGCAAUCCGUUCUCCAUACAGAGUACCGGGCCGAAGGUUACAUUAACAGUAGCUAGCAUGCUAAGUACUGGUUAACCACCGUCUGUUGUUUGCUAGUUAAUAUGUUUCACACGCUGUUGUUUGCAAGGCUUUUCUGUGUCCCUUUAGUACGCAGGCGAGGAUAAAUGAAAAUGACUCUGACGCAGAGUGCUGAUUUCCAUCGAUUUUUAGCAUAAAUUUCCUCCGUGUUUCAAGCGUGCAUAGUACACCGUUUAACCUCAGUGUGAAAGCUCAGUGAGUGAUCCGGGGAUGGACAACGUUACGGUGUCAGCGUCAGAUGGGACCGCAGAGUGCCCUCUGGUCUCCGAGGACAUGGAGGGGAUCUGUGUAAUGCCUGACUUGAGUGCCAUAAAGACUGAGCAGUCGGUGGGUGCAAGCCCAGACGACACAAACACCCAAAAUGUGGCUAUGGGCAUCAAAUUCAUCUUACCCAACCGCUUCGACAUGAAUGUUUGCUCAAGAUUUGUAAAGUCGCUCAACGAGGAGGACAGUAAGAACAUCCAGGAUCAGGUGAACUCUGAUCUGGAGGUGGCUUCCGUUUUGUUUAAAGCCGAGUGCAACAUCCAAACCUCACCUUCCCCGGGUAUACAAGUGCGUCAUGUUUACACACCAUCCACCACCAAACAUUUCUCGCCGAUCAAACAGUCCACCACUCUCACCAAUAAACAUCGAGGCAAUGAGGUGUCUUCCACACCUCUUUUGGUGCACUCUUUAUCUAUUCAUCAGCUGGCAGCCCAAGGGGAGAUGGUGUUUUUGGCCAGCAGGAUUGAACAAGAGACUGUAAUCAAUCUCCAAGAUGAGGAGGGCUUCACCCCGCUGAUGUGGGCAGCUGCACACGGACAAAUCGCUGUGGUGGAGUUUCUGCUCCAAAAUGGUGCUGACCCUAACCUCCUAGCCAAAGGGAGAGAGAGUGCAUUGUCCUUGGCUUGCAGUAAGGGAUACACAGAUAUUGUGAAGAUGCUCAUUGACUGUGGAGUCGAUGUCAAUGAAUAUGACUGGAAUGGAGGAGCCCCUCUGCUGUACGCUGUCCAUGGCAACCAUGUGCGCUGUGUUGAAAUCUUGUUAGAGAGCGGUGCUGAUCCUACCAUAGAGUCAGAUUCGGGUUUCAAUGCAAUGGACAUGGCUGUAGCCAUGGGCCACCGAAAUGUUCAACAGGUGAUGGAGGCACACUUGCUAAAGUUAUUGAUGGGGAUCAGAGAGUGAACUGCUGCACUUGAGGGAGAACAAAUACUGAAGAGAUGCUGCUGUGCGCUGGAUAAUCAUGUAGCAUGGCCAGUCUGUCAGCCUGCAGGAGUAUUUUGUUCCCUUAAGAGAUAUUUCAUAAGCUUCAUAUUAUUCAUGAUGCAGGUGAAGGUUUGUGGUGUGUGAAACAUCAGUUUUAACCCUCUUAAAAGCUGUUAAGCUCUGCACUUUUUUCCUUUUUUCAACAUUGACUGGAGUUGCAUAUCCAAUCACUAUACACUGACUGGUUGUCAAAGAGCAUGCUGAGUUCUUCACUACAGCCCACCACGCACUCCCCUCCACCUGUAGUAUGUUGCCAAAUGAGCAGUGCAGACUGGAAUUGACUUUGCUCUAAAGUUGCAAAGAGCUUACUUUUUACGUUGUUGUAAUUUAAUACCUUUUGCCCAUCUUUGUGUUCUAAGACUAACCUAUUAUCUUCUAUUACAUUAUUUUAUUGUAAUAUUUUCACGUUCGCACUCUCUGAACUCGGGAUAUUUCUGAGGCACGAGAUUUUAUGACUCUGUCAAGCUGUUUGUGGUCCGUUUACUGAAGAUCUUUGUGUUUCAUGUAUUGAAUUUAUUUAUUUUAAUAAUUUAAACUGUUAUGAUGUCAGUUUGUUUCUUUGUGUAGUGAUACAAAAUGUUCAGAUGUGUUGUGAAUUUUAAAAGACCUCACACAAAAAUUAAAUGACACACAAAAAUGCUGUGGUGCUGUUUGUAUGAAAAUAGUAAUACUGUUUAUUAUAGAUAUUUAUCUGAUGUGCAAGAGUCAAUGAAGUUAAGCAGUUUAACUUAAAUGUCAAACUUUUGAAAGUACAACCAACAGCAUCACAUUCUGUGAUUCUGUGAAGCUUUUCUUUUUAUAUUGUUCAUAAGAUGGGAAGAAAAGUCUGUGUUGAACAAUUUUACCCUGAAAAGCACUAGAAAAUUUGAGUUUCAUGCUUCAGUGGCCAUAAUGCUCUGGGGGGG